AUGCCCCGCACAGACGAAGCCGAGCAUUGGUUCAACGCCGUCUACGAAGCCGUUCAAGAAAUCCCCCUUGGCUACGUAACCACCUACGGCCAUAUAGCACUGUUACUAGGAUACCCCCGCCGAGCCCGGCAAGUCGGGGUAUGUCUGAAACACCUCCCAUCCAACAGGACCAACUCGACUGGCAACGGAGAUGGAGAAGGAGAAGACGAGAACGACGAGCGCGGCGAGAUUUACCAUCAUUUUCAUGAUGAUAAUGUCCCCUGGCAGAGAGUUGUGAAUUCAAAGGGGACGAUAUCGCAUCGUGGCGCUGGGAGUGCAGCGCGUCAGGCUGAUGCGCUGAGACAUGAAGGCGUUACGGUCGAGGAGGAUGCGAUGGGGGACUAUUAUAUUGAUAUGCACAGAUACGGAUGGUUCCCGGAUCGGUUGCCGAGUGAAGAGGGGGAGAGCGAGGGGAGUGAUGUUUAA